UGGCCGCGCUGACGUGCGGCUCUGCGCACAAUCGGCGUGAGGUUGUGCGUGAUGCGAGAGUGUUGUGGCCGCAGCUCCCGCACAGCGCAGUCCGUCUACAACCCUCCCCCGGCACAACUGCACACAGCAUGACCUCUCAAAGGUGAACGUGGAGGACUCGCUCGGAUCCCUCCUCGCUUGCAGACACAGCCGCACCCGGGGAAGCCGAGCUGCAUUGGCCGCCAGGCAGGACUAAUUACAAGAACAAGUAUGUAAGAAAGAAGAUGUCAGCAGUACAAAACAGAAAGGAAGACAAACAGCCGCAUAGAACCAACCUCUACUUUGAUAUUCCAUCGACACCAUGGCCUAUCGUUUAUUCUCCUGAUUAUAAUAUCACAUUCUUGGGAUUGGAAAAACUUCAUCCUUUCGAUUCGGGAAAAUGGGGGAAAAUUGUCAACUUUCUAAAAGAAGAGAAGAUGAUAAAUGAUGAAACCAUCGUCAGAGCCCGUGAAGCACAGGAGGAUGAUCUAUUAGUUGUACAUUCAAAGCGGUACCUCAAUAAACUUAAGUGGUCAUUCAUAGUUGCCACUAUUACUGAGAUAAUGCCUGUGGCUUUCCUGCCUAAUUUUAUCAUCCAACGAAAAGUACUAAGACCAUUCAGGACACAGACGGGUGGAACAAUAAUGGCUGGGAAGCUUGCUAUUGAACGAGGAUGGGCAAUCAAUCUUGGUGGAGGCUUCCAUCAUUGCUCAAGUGACCAAGGAGGGGGGUUUUGUGCUUAUGCUGACAUAACAUUGGCAAUUAAGUUUUUGUUUGAGAGAGUGGAAGGCGUCUCGAAGGCAAUGAUCAUUGAUUUAGAUGCACACCAGGGAAAUGGACAUGAGAGAGAUUUUAUGGAUGACAACAGAGUCUAUAUUAUGGAUGCUUUUAAUAGAUACAUCUACCCGGGGGAUGGAUAUGCCAAGCGAGCCAUCAAGUGGAAAAUUGAACUAGAAUGGGACACAGAGGAUUCAGAGUAUCUGGCGAAAGUGGAAGCACAUGUGGCAAAAGCAUUGCAUGAAGUCACUCCAGACAUCAUUGUGUACAAUGCAGGCACAGACAUCUUAGAUGGUGAUCAAUUGGGAGGUUUGGCUGUCUCUCCUCAGGGAAUUAUUAAAAGAGAUGAAGUAAUUUUUAAGGCAGCCCGCAUUCAUAAGAUACCCAUCCUGAUGGUGACAUCUGGAGGUUACCAAAGGUCUACAGCUCGGAUCAUAGCUGAUUCUAUUCUUAACUUGCACCAUUUGCAUCUCAUUGACCAGAGACUGAUUUAGAAGAAUUGGAUGAGUGAUACCUUGGCAUUUUUGUAAUAUGGAAGCCUUUAUCAGCUACAAUACCACCACUGUUAAUGUAAAAAAAUAACUUUAGUUU